AUGUCUUUCCUAAGUCGCCGCCUCUUCUCCACAACCGCUCGGCAAUGUGCCUCAGCGACAGAAGCAUGUUCCGAGAUCCUUUCACGCUUCGACAAAGGUCCUGUAUCAAUACGCAAACAAAUCAUCGACGCAAAUCAACUUCAACUGCUCAGCAUCACACUGAAUCGCACGCCAACUUCUCUCAAUCCGCCACCAGAUGGUACGCCAGUUCCACCAGGGUAUCAUCUGGUGUAUUUCACUCCUAGCAUCAUCGAAACUGAACUAGGAUUGGAUGGCACAGAUCGAACCGUGAAUCCCUUAUCGCCUUUCACGCGACGCAUGUGGGCUGGUGGUGAACUGCGAUGGACACAAGAUUCAAAUGCACUACUAAGAGUCGGGCAAGAAGUCCGCGAAACCACAAAGUUGCUCUCUGCCGAGCCUAAGAAGCUCAAGAGUGGGAGUGAAAUGCUAGUUGUUGGCGUCGAGAAGACAUUUGAAAAUGAAAAGGGCGUUGCGCUCAUCGACAGGCGCAACUGGGUCUUCCAAAAAGAAAUCACGCCUGUAAACCAGAUUAGAGCUCCACUAAAACCUGAGAUGAAGACAUUGCCAACGGGCACACAUAUGCGCCAUUUUUGUCAAACGGACGUUACCCUGUUUCGCUUCUCCGCGCUGACGUUCAACGGACAUAAGAUUCACUAUUCGCCCGAGUGGUGUAGAGAGGUGGAAGGGCAUCGAAACGCCGUUGUGCACGGGCCGCUGAACUUGAUCAACAUGCUCGAUUUCUGGAGGGAUACGGCGAGGAGUGGUGAUACGGAGGCGGUACCGAAGUCGAUUGCUUAUCGCGCCAUGGCGCCUUUGUACGUCGGUGAGCCAUACCGGAUACUGCUUGAGAAGGGAGAGGCGAAAGAGUGCGAGUGGAAGGCGGAUAUCUGGGAUAACUUUGGAAAGGAAAGCAUGAUGGGAACUAUCGUG